UCCUUUGGGUCUUUAAAAAGACCGUCUCUUUUUUUUUCCUUGACAUUUUCUCUCUCACGAGGGUCUAAAGCUUAUAAGCUGACAUGUGCAAGUAAACCACACGACGAGGAGGUCUAGUUACCUAAUUUAAAGGGUCUCAGGUUUUUGCCGAUUUGUGGAGAUUCAGAAUCAGAGAUGGAAGACGAUAUGUGGGCAGUUUCCUCUUCCGGCUCUUCUAGGAGCCAUCGAUCAGCAACGGCUGCUAAGUAUCAGUCUGGUUCUUAUCUAGAUACGGAAGAUUUUGAAGAAGAAGAUGAUGAUAUAGCAGUGGAUUACCCAUGCCCGUUUUGCUCGGAUGAUUAUGAUUUAGUUGAAUUGUGUCACCAUAUCGACGAAGAACAUCAACUUGAAGCUAAUCAUGGGAUAUGUCCGGUUUGUAGCAAAAGGGUGAAGAUGCAUAUGGUGGAUCAUAUAACCACACACCAUAGAGAUGUCUUGAAGAGUGAGCAGAAGCAAACAUCAUACAUGGAAGAUCCAUAUUCAUCGGAUAAGUAUCUUCAGUCUCUUCUUGAUGAGUUGCCGCCAUCUAUGAAUCACCAUCAUACCUCUAAAACUGUUGUUUCUGAUAAGUUUUUAUCGUUCAUCAACAAUUCUCCAUUGCCGAAUCAGACCAAACUUGUGCAGCCUGAUUCAAGUGUACAAGAACAGACUUUGAAUAAGGAUUCUUCGACAGAAGAAGACUGGAAAUCGUCGGCUCCUUUAUCGGAUACUGAACAAUUGGAGAAGGCAAAGAAGUGUGAGUUUGUACAGGGACUAUUGUCAUCAGCCAUGUUUGAUGACGGAUGUGACUUCUUCUGAGUAAAAGAAAAUAAAGAUGUGAAGGCUCUGUAAUGGCAGAGGCAAUUCACUGGCAUUGUUGUAAUUUUAUUCAGUUCUUUCUAUUUAUAUCUGUAUCUUUUUCAGACUAAACGUGGUUCUAGUCUCAUAAUAUAAGCCGAUGCGUUUUCAGUU